AUGGCAACAUCCCUAAAAGCGCGUAAAGGGCUAGUAACGCGGCAGUCUAAUGCACUAACCGACCUCGUGAAAAAAUAUUCGCGACUAGCAGAAGAAGUCGUCUUCGCAGGAGCGACCGACAUGACAAAGUUAAUCAAUGAAAUGAAUUCGGCGCAAGUACACAUUCGGGCGCUGCAAGCGUCCCUUGAAAAGGCUACUCUUGCGUUCGCCGAAACUGUUGACAGUUUGGAAAUACCACUGGGAAGUGAGGAAGAAGGGCGCGCUUCGGAACACAUAGAAAAAGCUAACACGGUUUUUUCGGAGUCGGAAACCCUUUUGGCUCAAUUUGAGGUGCAAAAGCAGAUUGCCGCCACCAGAAUGAGAGAAAAUGUAGAGGAAAGUGAAUUCCACGAUUUCUCUACACGAUCUCACGAGACUUCAACAGCCCGGAUGUGGACUGCACGAAGUAUGGAUCUAAAAGAUCAGAGCAAGCUUUUCGAUAAAAUUUGUUCCCUCACGAAACAGCUGGAAAGCAAAGGAGAGAACCUCGACAGCCCAUGGUUGCUAUCAAAGAUUCUAGCAAAGUUCAGAAAAGAUAUCCAGCGACGAGUACUUGAAAGAAAGGUGACAUUACCGUCAGAAGAGAGCUGGAAUCUGAAAUUACUAAUGGACUCCCUUGACAUGGUCAUUCGGCAAGAGCAAGAAAUUGAGCGCUACAUGCCGGCAAAGACCGAGCACAAAGCCGAAGCGAAACAGAAACCAGGCGUCACGCAAGACAUGAAGCGGACGCCCUUUUGUUUCUACUGCGAAUCGAAAGAUCACUGGUCGACAUCGUGCACGAAACUGAAACAUCCCAAUGAGAGAAUCGAUUUCCUCAAAACGACGCAUCGAUGUCUUGGAUGUGGUUCCAAAAGCCACACCUUUGCAGAUUGUAAAUCUAAAGGGUGUUACUACUGUGGUAAAAAACACCACUCUUCAACGUGUUUCAAAAGCCCAAUAAAGACGAACAAUACACCUUCGUCGGGAAAUGCAGAUCCAAAAAAGGGGGAAAAAAUAAAAAAGACCGUGCAAAACUUUGCGAAAGCAAGGAUUACGGCCGUACAAGAAAAUAAUUUGGGACCAAGCCCAACAAUUCUAGCGGUGUCUGAGUCACCCAUGAAAAAGAAACACGAGCAGAUUUUCCUUCUGACUGGUCAUCUGACUGUAGUACACCCUACAGCCCAAAAGAGCAUGGAAGUCGAAGUACUAUUCGAUACAGGUGCCGAUCGAUCAUUUAUCGAUUCUCAGCUCGCGAAAGACCUUCAGUUAAAAGAAUGUGGACGAAAGGUAAUGCAGCUAACCACAUUCGGUUCGCAUGAACACAAAGAAAUUGAGUGCCUUCUGACAAGUUUGAGGGUAUGGGAUGCAAAUGGAGAGGCGCACACACUGCAACUUUUCACCUUCGACAAACUGUGCCCAAAUCUUUCCCAAGGCGGCCUGGACGAAAAGGACUUGGAAUUCAUUCGCCGUAAGCACAUACGUCUAUGCGUGCCACACGAGAAAGAUGCGGUGCAACCAAAAAUCCUUAUAGGAUGCGACCAACUAUGGGAUUUCAUAAACUUUGAGGCUCCCCACUUCAACCUGCCAUCAGGAUUGACACUCAUACCAACGAAAUUCGGCUAUACCGUCUCGGGGAGGAAGACUACCGAAGGCACAACAACAUCAAAACCAACAAUGUCAUCCUGUGCCCUUACUGAACGCUACUGGAGAAUAUGGAAAGACUCCUAUCUAACUGCUUUACGUGAGCAGCACCGACGCAACAUCAACAACAAAAAGGGAUGCGCAUGCAAACCGCUCGAAGGAGAAGUCGUACUCAUAGUAGAUUCCAAUCAAAAAAGGAAUCACUGGAAAUUAGGGCGGAUAACAAAACUGGUGCAAAGCAAUGACGGUGCAAUACGCGAAGCAGAAGUCUUCUGUGGGAACAAUAGUGUCAUUAAACGACCCAUCAACCUACUAAUCCCACUGGAGAUCAGUGGAACCGACGAUGCGACCCAGAAGUGUGUCGAAGAGCAAGGAAGAGAAAAGCUGCCAGAAGAAACACUCCAUGCCGAACUUGAGGAGCUGCAAAUGGACACUGGAGAAAGUCAGCCUCAAAAGGACGUCCAUGGAACUACCUCAAAGCGAUCGAGGUACAACUUACGCCCGAGAGCACCUUUCCAUGCGAAUUCGAACGCUCCAGUUGCCAAAGGUGGGGUGCUCACAGUAUCCGGUAUCCCAAGUGGGAUCCAAUUCGCCAGCUACUUACAGCUUCUCGUGACCAUAAUCAGUGCAGCUUUAGUGAUGGGGACACCAUCCAUUUCAUCCACACCCACCAUUAACAACCCAGCACCGCAUACGAUAGAAUGUCGCCCAGAAGGAAUUUAUUUACACUCUCCAACCUCUCACGGUUAUGAGAUAUGUGUGAAUAAUUAUUGUAUGGUAGAACGGACAGCACCGAUACAUAAGAUCAUACGCAUUCCUGCAAAGGACCUUCUCUAUGAAUACGAAGCACGAUGGAAAAUUGAAACAGCGACCAACUAUACUAUCAUAGAAACUGUGUGCCCGGAGCAACCCUUUUGCGCAUCAGUGAACUGCAUUAUCUGCUCCGACAACAUCUUCAACCCUGAAUGUUGGCCAUUCAGUGCAAUAGCAGGUGCAGGAAUACUCCUUUACAUAAUGAUUGCGCUGUGCUACACCAUAUGUUACAUUCCAGUAACAAUCGGGCACCCCAUUCGGCUGCUUCUCCGAGGUCUCAAGAAACUGUGCAUUGUUAUCCUAAACAUAGCUUUCACCUCCAUUCGUGGAAUUUUCCGUUGGCUAACACAUCGCCAAACACGCACUUCCCGAUUUCUUGAAGCUCUAGCUUUAUGUGGAAUCAUCGCAAGCGCGUGGACGUGUCAGACCGUAAAUGUUUUCUCCCAUCAUAUGGAAAGCUACAUGACGCUGAGCGUACUCUCAUGGCCAUACUUUUCGGUUUUGGACGCGAAAUUCAUCACCAAUACGCACAACACAGCCAUUUGGUCAUCAGAGUCUCUUCCGCAUUUACAAUGCCCCACAAGAGACGCGGCGCAACAGCUUCAGUGCAACUUUUUUGACUCCUGCGAAUGCAGUGCGGCCGAAGUGCAAGUGAACUGUUACUGUGAAAGCCAAGAAAUCAGGCAGCAUUUUAGGAAGAUCGAAAAUUUACUGCCUGUCACAUUUCCGUUCCUAAAAUUCACAAAGCACCCACGUCACGAUGUCAUGGCACAGAUAGAAGACGGAGUUUCGUCUGAAAUCAUCGUCAAUAUUAAAGGAGCAGUAGACGACAGUGUUGUCGAUUCAAUAGACGAAGUAUGCAAGAUCGACGAUACGACCAUCCAAGGGUGCUACAAAUGUAAUAGAGGAGCAAAUGCAGUGGUAACGUGCGCUUCAUCCUCGACAGCAGUUACUGCAGAAAUAGUUUGUGGGACAGAAACAUUUACUGUGCCAUGCGCCCCAAGUAAAAUGAGGUCCACAGUUCGAUUUCUGUUGCCUAAUGCGCGUAUCCAGCUCAAUUGCACCGUAAAAUGCGGAUCUACAAUCACAUACUUCGAGAUCACGGGGAUUUUGAAGACUAUGGACAAUCGUAACGACUCGUACGACGAUCUACUGAGAAAGCGCAAGGCCGAAGAACAGCGAUUGAUCGAGCAACUGAGGUUUAAAAGAGCUCACGUUCGUUUGACUCCCUCCCUCCCCACGGAAAAGGAGGUGCAAAAGAAGAUCAAGCAGUUUGUGCAAUCGAUUGUGGCCAUCACACAGUCUAACAACUUGCUGAACGAAAGUGCAGAAGUUUUUGGACAACGGCCAAGUCUUUUUGCGAAAGGAGAAGCCACCCUUUACAAGUGCAAGGUGCAAAACAUGGGCAUGAAAGCAGAAUUCGUAAAGGAAAAGCUCCUCAGUGCGGUGCAAGGACUGACAAUGUCCUACGAGACAUAUGGUUUACUGAUCUUGGCUGAACACGCGACUGAUGAAUCGAAGACCGAGUUCUACAAUAAACGUGUUGAAGGUAUUUCUCUGGAGCCGGUAUUCGUCAACGAGUUCGUUAGGAAAGAACUAGACUUCUUAGAUGCAAUCCUGAAAAGUAUCGAGACAGAGAUGCAUGAAGCCCUGCAGCAGAUCGAAAAUGAAGAACACCCUAGUAUCCACGAAGAAAUCGCGAAAGCCUUCGCCAAGUCUGAACAACUGAUGCGUGAAAUCGAGCGUAACUUGAAGGAAGAGAUUCAAAGGUACGAAGGAAAACUCGACGCUCUAGAAACGUCUCUUGGGAAAAUUCAGACUGCGAUUGAAGAGAAAAAUUCGGCUACCAGGGUGCAAGAGGAUGCUGAGACAGUGCAAAACGAGUCCCUGAGAAAGUCAGAAGAGAAUGAAAUGGAAGAAGACUUACUCGAUUUCGACGAUGAACAGCUUCAAGAACCGAACGAAAAACCGGCAGAAGAACCCAAGCAGAACGAUGAGGUGCAAGAACACAUGGAACAAGAAGAAGCUGAGGUGCAAAAACCACAGGAGACAUCGUUCGAAAAAGAGAUUCGAAGGAGAAAAAGAAAGAUUCGUGAGCGCAUGUCUGAACUGUAUCACAAAAUCAGGAAGGGACGUCGCAUGCCGAACCGCAUUUUUUCACAGUAUAGCAAACUACGUGAUGACGACGUCUUUCUCAGAUGCUCCUUCUGCGACAGGAAAGGUUACCACUACAGUGACAGUUGUCCACGGUACAAAACUGUCAAAGAGAGAAAAAGGUUGAUCAGAUGCUAUUUUUGCCUCGACACCUUUCACAGAACUCAAAAAUGCCGAAAAGAUCGGAAGCCUUGUAACUAUUGUCAUUCGAUGAACCAUCAUACCGCCAUCUGCAAGCUCCCGGAGGAGAGAGACGCAAUCGAAAGGGAAUACUCGGACCUGAAGAAGAAGUUAGACGACUACGAGAAGGGAGAAACAUCGACGUGA